GUUGAGUGGGUGCUUCUCGCGAGACGGGCUACUCCCUGUGUAUUCGACAAGCUGAGAACAGUUUCGCUAUUAUCGAACACAAAAGCAUUUUAAAAGGCGUGUUUUUUGGAAAAACGGCCAGUGGCAUUAUUAUUAAGCUCUUCUGUUCAACUGUUUAUUCGACGAUUGCUUGAGGAAAACCUAGAAAAAAUAAAUUUGCCUGGAAGACAGUGCUUCAAGGAGUGCGUCAGCGGUGCGUUUUCAAGUGCAUCAGGUUCGGAAUUUCCAAAUUAGUUGAAUUGAACUUGGCGGAAAAACGUUACAGCCGUCAUGAUCUGUAUUAUUAGUUAAAUUAAAAGCAACAACAUGCUGGAAGAAAAGAAAACUAACGCCAUGGAAAACGCAGUCAAACUGAUGGCAACCGAAUAUGCGGCGAAGAAAGAAAAAUAUCAUUUCAAUGGACACGCAUGGCUGUGGGCGUCGAUAAUCCUACUCGUACUUGGCCAAAUAGUUUCUUUUAUUUACCUUAUGCACGCGCAACAGAACUCAAUUAACUACGAUUCAAGACUGAAGUGUUUCUGCCAAGAAAGUAACGAAAGGUCCUUCGUCUCACCGCUGAACGUUUCGAUCGGCGAAACAAAUCAGGCUGCUCGUUAUUUCGCUGCAACUGAUGCCGAAGCUGAAGGCGCUUUUUCUAGGAAAAAACGAAGUUCUAGUAGUAAAUCAGGCAAGCCUCAAAAGCAUGGGAACAAGAAAAACGGUCGCAAGCCUCGCUCGGACAAACACCCCAUGGCAACGACUUUACCCAUGGGCCAGUCCUCAGCGUACGGACCUGUUACGAUGUCACCUGGAGUUCAACAUCAGCCGAAUGUCGAAUUUGUCAAUCCUAAAUUUCGCGAUGAGUAUCUUUCACGAGGCGAGACGGGCAGCAGUCCUAACCACGCGGACAAUCCAUGGGUUUGGUUAAACGCGUAUUCUCGCAUUCCGGUUAAUGCAAUUCAGGAGUUUUGCUCGGCCACGAAAGACUACUGCCCUCCAGGCCUAGAAGGCCCCAUCGGUCCUCAGGGACUGGUGGGAGAAAAAGGAGUUCGAGGUGAGCGAGGUGAACGUGGGCAGCAAGGUGAGACUGGGCUACGUGGCCCAGUAGGACCCAUUGGCCCCCAAGGUCCCAAAGGACCUAAAGGCGAUAUGGGAAAAACGGGACUUCCAGGUUUGAACGGUCGAGACGGAGUACCUGGCGAACCUGGAUUGGAUGGAGUUCCAGGCCGAAGUGGCACUCCCGGAUUCGAUGGCAUUUCAGGCAUGGAUGGUUUGCCUGGACAGCCUGGGCUAAAUGGCAAAGACGGAAGUCCUGGUACACCUGGAUUGCAAGGAGAACCUGGCCCCAUCGGUCCUCAAGGGUUGACAGGGCCAAGAGGAAAACCCGGUCGAUCUGGCAUUCCAGGAGUGCCAGGCGUUCCAGGUGUCAACACAUGGGUAGUCAACUCGACCGACCCCAGGCGAAUUGUUUUGGUGCCGCCCAGCAUUCUUGGGGUUGACAUCAUCGACGGACAACUACAAGGUAAUACAACAAGAACGGUCAUAAUUCAAGAGGGGAAGAAUCUCCGACUGAGGUGUGGAACAGCUGGCAAUCCAAGACCGGAAGUGUCUUGGAUGAGAGCAGAUGGAUCUCUUACUCCAAUGGGAUCAUGGCAAACUAGUGACGUACUUGGACCAACAUUUAACAUUACCCAAGUUCAUCGCGAUCACAUGGGAGUCUAUGUUUGCGUGGCUGACAAUGGCAUACCCCCGCCUUCGUACCGCACCAUCAACGUGGAAGUUCAUUUUCCUCCUUUAAUUCGCACUGAAAAUCCUUCAGUUGGAGUUGCCAACGGGAGCUCAGUGGUUUUGGAAUGUUUCGUGGAGGCAUUCCCUGAGUCGCUCUGCUAUUGGGAACGAGCCGACGGCCGAUCGAUCGAGAGUUUCCACAAGGCCUUCCUGCGAGACCAAGGAAAAUACAAAGUUCAAAUGACACUCAAUCUUACUAUCACAAAUCCGAAUACUGAUUACGGCCGCUACCACUGUGUCAGUAAGAACGAAAUAGGCAUAACUCGCGGAGAAAUUGACGUAUACGCAAUGGAUCCCCGAUAUAAUCAGGCUGGUGGAACAAAUGAUCCGAAAAUGUGGGGCACGCCACCAUCCGACAUGGUUGAUUUGGAGGAUGUGUGCCCUCCUCCACCGGAUUGCCCGAAAUGUUCUUCAGCUCCAUCGGAAAGAUGUCGAGAGAGCGGCUUAGGCAUGUUUGACGUUCUAGGCCGGCUAGAUAUCAGACCUUUAGGCAAUGAAACAUAUCCAGGAUACGUUAAUCGAACUCAGGAUUGCGUCCUGGUGGCAAUUGGAAAGCCGGUGUACCAUCGCUUUACGAACGCUACACACGGCAACUGGAUGCGAGACUCGUUGCCACGUACGAUGGCCGAUGGCGAUAAGUAUUGGGCUACCAAAUUCAAUGAAACCUAUGUUCUGUAUGAAUACAUCAAUAAGACAGCCUUCAAGAAAGAUAUCUCUGCUCGGAACUACACGUUGCCCUUUGCUUUAAAGGGAUAUCUUCAUGUUGUUUAUAAUGGGUCGCUUUACUACCACCAGCAAGAAGAAUCCCGCGUCAUUCGUUACGAACUAACAUCUGAACGUAACACGAUGGUAUACUUACCAAAUGCAACUGUAACCGGCAACAUUCACCUCUAUUCGCAAUCACAAAGCUACUUGGAUUUCUCCGUGGACGAAACAGGAUUAUGGGUGAUUUACGGUGCAAACUCCGGUGACGUGGCCACCAACAACACAGUUGUGGCUAAGCUCAAUCCUUAUUCUUUAGAGAUUGAGUACAUUUGGAAUAUUUCCCUAAACAACCAGAGGGCUGGCGAAAUGUUUAUUGCGUGCGGUGUGCUUUACGCCUUGGACAGCGUCACUGAACGCACCACGAAAAUUCGAUUUGCUCUUGAUUUGUACAGAAACAAACUACUGGAAGUGGACGGUUUGACAUUCACCAAUCCCUUCCGCAAAACAAGUAUGGUUGGCUACAAUCACAGAAAUAAGGAACUGUACACGUGGGACAACGGCAACCAGUUGACAUAUCCGGUUAAAUUUACCGAUAUUGGUUAUAAUACCCCCGAGAAUGAUCUAGCGAAUGAUCGAAUCGAGGUCAGCGGUCCGGAACCUCUCGUUCAGGAAGAGUGGGACAGUAUUAUCGAAAUAACGUAGUGCACUGGGGUAAUGGGACCAUCAAAUAAUUAUUUGCUUUUGCUACUAUUCAUAGAACACGUAGAAAUAGAAAAGUAGACUGUAGGGUGGUACAUGCGCUUUUUAGAAGAGAAAACCGCACAAGAAUGAAUUUUGCUCUUUUACUUUCAUACAUCAUAAUGCUAGGGCUUCAUACGAUUCAUCGAUAUUUUCCGUACUGUUGUAAGGUUCUCGCCUUUUCUUUUACGUCACCCUCCAAUAUUGCAAUUCUUCUUUUUUUCUGUCUUUUGGUUAUGGUGGUUAAACGAGCGCAACUGAGCAAAGAAGGCCUUCGCUUAGCCCCCCGAACAUAAAUUUAGGUGCAUCUUAAUGGCCAUAAUAGGCACAUACAGUAGCUGUUACCCAUUUUCAGACAGUGUGUGGAAAGGAACUUGACGAAAAAUGAAUAACAUGUCUGUCAAUAAGGAACAAUACAAAAAGCUUCGUUGCUCUGCAUCGUU